GCUCGAGCACAAUCUGUUCCCGCCGCCACCGUGGUCCCUUCCCUCACCCCUACACCGCGGCAGGCGAACAAGCGGGGCCGACAUUUUGAUGCAGAAGGGCGACCUUCCUGUUGCGUCUUUACUAAGGCUGUAUUUUCACUUGUUAGAUACCUCGUGCACACGCCAUCGACUGCGGAGCCCAGGUGGUUGUUCUCUCCACCCCCCUCUCUCUCUCUCUCUUUCUCUCUCUAUCUCUCUCUUUCUCUGCUUCUGUUUCUUGUCUCCUUCGCGAAGCUCUUAGUGCUCUUUCCUCUUCUUUCUCUUCCCUUCGUCGUCUCUCUUGCUCUUUCUCUAUUCCGUUGCCAUCUCUCCUCUGCGUCUAAUAUUUCCCGCCGUUUUCAGGGAGGGAGGAGUGAGGUUCAUUUCUCGUCGGCGGCGCGAGCGAGCGAGCGAGCUAGCAGAGCCUGUUCGCCGUGCCGUUCUGCGGUGCUCAACGCAAGUCUUGUUGGCGCUUCUUUCUCUGUCAAAAUGACUGAGCCGUCGAAGGUCAUCCAUGUGCGCAACGUCGGCCCCGAGAUCAGCGAGGGAGAUCUCUCACAGCUUGCGCAAACCUUCGGUGUGGUUCAGAAGGUGGUCAUGUUGAGGGCGAAGAAUCAGGCCCUCCUCCAGAUGCAGGAUUUACCUUCCUCUAUCCAGAUGAUGCAGUACUACACGGGCGUCCAACCUAACAUCAGGGGACGGAAUGUGUACAUGCAGUUCUCGUCUCACCAAGAAUUGACAACCGAUUCAGGCGCCGGUGGUAGACGCUCGUCGGACCAGGAGCAACAGCCUAAUCGUAUUCUUCUUAUAACCAUCCACAAUCCGCUCUAUCCUAUCACCGUGGAUGUGCUCCAUCAAGUGUUUUCCCCUCAUGGCUAUGUCGAGAAGAUCGUCUGCUUCCAGAAAUCAGCUGGUCUUCAAGCCCUUCUGCAGUACAGCAACCAAGCUAGUGCUAUCUCUGCGAGGACAGCCCUGCAGGGACGGAACAUUUAUGAUGGGUGCUGCACGCUGGACAUCCAGUACUCCAACCUCCAGGAGCUGCAGGUGAAUUACAACAAUGAGAGAACCAGGGACUACACAAAUGCCGGUCUCCCUAGCGAACAAGGGCCUCGCGGUGGUGUUGCUGGAAACAACAACAUUAUGUCGUCACUCUUCGGUGAAGGUGGGAACGUGUACGGGAUGCCCCCUCAAGGCCCGCGUCCAGGUUUCCAGCAGAAUGCAGGUCCAGGUCCGGGGAUGGGACUCGGCCCCUAUCAGAUGCCGGGCUUGACGAGUGCGGCGGCUGUUGCGGCGAUCGGAGGGCUUCCCCCUGGUAUCACGGGCACGAACGAUCGCUCUGUUAUCCUUGCGUCUAAUCUGAAUGCCGAGAAAGUGGAUCCCGACAAGCUUUUCAAUCUCUUCUCGAACUACGGCAAUGUGCUCCGCGUCAAGAUGCUUCAUAACAAACCUGAUCAUGCGCUCAUUCAGAUGGGUGAUGGUUUCCAGGCAGAAUUGGCCGUAACGUAUCUGAAGCAAGGUAUCACCCUUUUUGGCAAGCGACUGGACGUCAAUUUCUCGAAGCAUGCCCAGAUCAAUCCUUCCCCAGACUCCCGGGACUACUCGACUUCAAACCUCAACCGGUUCAACCGCAACGCUGCGAAGAACUACCGCCACUGCACACCCCCGACGCGAAUGAUUCACGUAUCGAGCUUGCCGCAGGAAAUCACCAGUGAACAGAUCAUCAACCAUUUGAGUCCUCACGGAACGAUCGUUGGUGCGAAGAUCUUCGAGUCGAAUGGCAAGAAGCAAGCCCUUGUACUCUUCAGCAACGAGGAUCAGGCACUCGAAGCGCUCAUCUGCCAACACGCUUCCAACCUAGAAGGUCAUACUAUCAGGCUUGCUUUCUCGAAGCUUACGACUCUUUGAAAUUGUCAAGUUUUAGGGCCAAAAUCUUUAGAUUGAGUGAAUGCUUUUGCGGGUCGAUGCGUAAUUGACUGUUUCUUGCCCCUCCCUGUUUCGGGGGAAACGAGCCCUGUGCUGCUGCCGAUUAACUGUCCUGACUCUUGUCGCGGAGCGUGUUCCCACGUUCCCUUUUGUUGCCUUCCAUUCGGGAAGGGGCUUUCGUUAUCUUGGGUAGAACUGCCUGACCUUGUGCUGCCCAUGAUUUGAAUCUGUAAGCCAUAGACUGCGUAGACUACGUGAUAUCGAGGUCCAAGGUGGUGUGGUGUCGAGCUGCCGGGCCUGGCAAUACGGAACUCUUCAGUGAGGUCUUCUUAAUCCGCUUGAGACAUCCAUGCUGCGGUAUUUUCUGUCCAACUAAGUACCUGAUAGUCAAGACCUGAGACAAUGUCGGCUCGUCUUCCUCGAGGCGACUGCGCCGUCAGUUUUGCAAUAUAGCGCCUUCCUCACCUUUUCUCUCGUAUAGGAUAUAGAUUGCUUUUUCCGUUCCAAGAUCUCUGCAAGGUAGAUCUAUUUCUGUCGUUUGGAAACUGGGUUUUGCAUGGCCGGAAUUUUGCAGUUCGGUACGUGCGGGUAAUCCAACGACUGGUCGACAGUGGAGGCCGUUGUCGAGUGCUAUGUGUGUGGUCCUAAGAAGGUGGAGAGGACGGGAGUUGGUAGAAUGACAAGUGCCGGUGCUGGUGUUUAUCUGGCUGUGAAAGGGCGCAUGAGAAGGGUCUGUUCUGGAGGAGCUUAUGACGAUGUGGAAUAUCUAGUUUUUAAGAAAGAAUUGUGGAUUUACAAAAGAAUUGACUUGGUCGGUCUUCUGUUUGUGGUCAUUGGGGACUGUGGACUGUUCGUAACACGUGCGUUGGAUUGACGGCUUGUUGUGUAUGUCGGCACACACAUGAGACCGAACGAAGGUGAGAAUGAGAGAAUGAUUGAGGAAAUGUUUCUGCAAUGCUGAAAUAGAGACUUCAUCCUUCGGAAACGCGCAGUUAAUAGUUGUAUGUCAUUUCAGUUUUGUAACUGAUAAGCUGCAAAGCAUAUGCUGUUGUUUGGGUUGAAUGUAUGGACCAACUCGUGUAUGGACUCCCGUUAUGACUGGCUCCGCGCUGUUAUGUGGGGUGCAUGUGCUUCGACGUAAUUUCAGCUGCAUGUGCUUUCACGUAAUUGCAGCUCUUGUCUUCGUCCAUUUCAGCUCUGAAAACACAGCCUACCGUAAUUUGUCAUAUUCCCGGGGAACCUUUCAAUGCUCUGGAAGCACGUACAUUGUUCGUUCGGGUGCCUUUGUGGUGUUUGCGUCCCUCUCAGCGCUGAUAGGAAAAGAUAAGAGAUUUUUGUAUUUCAUGGGAACUUGUGUAUGCUCUGGUUGAGGUACGUUGGGCGUUAUAAUGCUUUACCAUAGUCUGUCAUAUUCUCGGGUAAACGUUCUAUACUCUGGAAGCAAGUACAUCGUCCGUUCGGAAGCCUUUGUGGUGUUUGCGUCCGUUUCAGCGCUGGACUGUGGACUGUUGUUACGGCUUGUUGUGUAUCUCAGCACGCGCGAGAGCGAACGCAGGUGAGAAUGAUUGAUGGAAGAACAAAUGUUUCUGCAGUGCUGAAAUAGAGAGACUUGAUCCCCGAAAGAAAAAGAUAUAAGGGGGGUUUAUAUUUUUGAUGAGAACUUGUCUAUGCUCUGGUUGAGGUACAUUGGCCGUCAUAAUGCUUUCUUGAUGUUUGCCAGAACGUGCAUGUUGCAAGUGGUCUCCUGCUUGCUUCUAGAUGAGAGCGCGUCCAUUCUUCCUGUGUGCCGGCUCGGGUAUUGAACUGCCUUUCACCACGAAGUAGGCGUAUUUAGGCAUUCAUUGGUCUUAGAAUCUGCUCUACGUCUUAUUCGCCGCCGGAGAUAUCCGUGCGGGGUGCACGUGGGAGAGGAUCGUUUUCGACGAAUGAAAAACGAGU